AUGAUGCAGUCGUCGGUCUUUGAAUUGGCGGUUAUCGAUCUUAUCAUCGGCAGAGCAGCAAUGAAAGCAUUCGAGCGGUGGCACACGACGGCUAUGGGGUGGAAGAGAAGUGAGGGUAGUCGGGAAACACCAACAACAGCAUCGUCUUCAACGGAAGUGGGCUGCGGCGAUGGCGGCUUCACACAUUUAACCUUCAAUAGCCUGACAUCCAAACUUUCUGACUUGUCGAACCCUAAAUCGCUGACAACAAUCAUGGCGGUAACGUCCUGGUGGUUCAUGACCUUGACAGCGGAGGGAGAAUUUUUUUAUGGAGAUGGAGUCGAUAUUUAUGUUCCAACUGCUGGAAAAGAAAUACAAUCAUCAAUUGAUUUCAGCAUUGAUGAAUCAGAAUCAUACAAUAUUUGUUUAGGUGAUCAAUCAGAAACAUUAAUCACAUAUUAUUCAGAAUUGAUUCCUAAGGAAAAAGAUUCUUUUCCAUCAUUGAAUGAAGCAAUUGAAAUGUACCGAAAGUAUGGGAAAGCUGUUGGCUUUGGAAUUAGAAUGGGAACUUCAACUUAUUAUGGAGAUUAUACUCUGCGAAAAAAAACAUAUAAGGUGCAACAAGUAUGGUCAACCAAGGAAAAUAAAAGUAUUGACACGUUGACAUCAAGAGGUCUGAAAAAGAAAGAAAGAAAAAGUUAUCAUAAGGUAACAGGAUGCAUGGCAAUGAUAGGUUAUCAUAGAGAUCAUAAAAGUGAUACUUUUACAGUAUACAAAUUUCAAGCAGUACAUAAUCACCCACUUAAUGAUUUUGAUCAACAAAGCAUUUGUAGUAAAAUCCAUAAGCUUACAAUUUGUGAUCAAGAACUUAUUGUGAAAGCUUCUACUUUAAACAUUGGAGCUACAAAAGCACACAAGUUACAAGCAAGUCUAAAAGGAGGCUGCGAUAAUGUAACUGCAUCCAAGAUUGAUUACAAAAAUUUCUGGAGAGAUUAUAUGAAUAUAGUUGGACCUAAUGAUGCUCAAUGUGUUGUGGACCAGUUGCAAAUUCGAAGAGAUAAUUAUCCAAAUUUCCACUUCGAAUAUAAGCUAGAUGACAAAGUACUAAAUGUUAUGUUUUGGACAGAUAAAACUGCUAAAGAAAAUUACUCUAAGUUUUCUGAUGUGAUUUCAAUGGAUGCAACUUACAGAACCAACAGGUACAAUAUGAUUUUUGUUCCUUUCACUGCCAUUAACAACCACGACAAUACAAUCAAUGUCGAAGCUGGACUCUUAUCGGAUGAAACAAUAGAGUCAUAUACAUGGUUGUUAAGAGCUUUUCUUAAAGCACAUGGACAAAUUCCUUCCAUGAUUUUGUCUGAUAUGGAUCCGGCUUUAUAUGUAGUUGAAAAUACAGAUUUCAAGAAACAAUUACAUAAAAUUGUUUGGAAUAUACAUCUUGAACCAGCAGAAUUUGAGAGUAAGUGGAACUUAAUGUUGGACAAAUUCAAAUUGAGAGAAAAUAAAUGGUUGGAUGACAUGUAUAAUAAGAGAGACAAAUGGAUUCCUUCUUGCUUUAGAGAUAUUCCUAUGUGUGGUCUUAUGAAGACAACAUCACGAUCUGAAAGUUCAAAUUCUUUCUUCAAUGUUUUCUCUAGCCCAUCCAAUUUACUUGUGAAUUUUAUGUUUAACUUUGACACUGCUAUUGCAAAGCAACGUCAUGAACAAAAAAGAUUGGAUAUAGCUUCAAGAAAUACGGAAAAAUACAUUCUUGAUAGAUGGAGAAAAAACAUUGUGGAUGUUUCUUAUCAAAAGAUAUUGCAUAGAUGGGGAGUGGGCAACACUGAAACUUCAAAUCUUUUGCAUGAGGCGUCAUAUUUUUAUGAGAAAUGUGUCGAUUCGGUGUCUCAUGAUCUUGGGAAAUUACAAGAACUGGUACAAAGUUUGAAGACAUUAAGCAUUGAGUGUGAAAAGAAUGUUGUGACUAAACCAAAUACAAAUCCAAUAAAAGAAAUUGUUGAAAAUGUUGUUGGACUCCACAUUCCAAAUGAAAUUGACAUUGAGGCACCUAGCGAGAUAAGAACUAAAGGUUCCGGAAAGAGAAAUAGAAUGCAAAGCUCUGCAGAAAAAGCAAUUGCAAAAUCUCUUAAGGUUAAACGAAAAUGCACAAGAUGUAAUGAAUUUGUCAAUCAUGAUAAAAGAAACUGCCCCAUCAAUCCAUCCAAAUUGCUUAUGCCUUUGAAAAAACAUCAGUAG